CUCAGAUUUUCUUCUCCCUCUUUCUGCUCGUCCAUCUCUUGUGCCGACCCAUUUCUCGCCUUCGCCCUCAGAUCACCAUCAUCCUCAGCCAGCAACCAGAUGGAGUCCACGCAGCAGCCACAUCAAGUCUAUCUCAACGGCGACCAGAUUUUCACCUGCAGCAGCUGUCAUGCCCAUCUUGCUAGGAACGAGGACAUCAUCUCAAAAGGCUUUCAAGGAAGACAUGGUCGUGCGUAUCUCUUCAAGAGCGUUCAGAACAUCACACUAGGACCAAAAGAGGACAGGACCCUGAUGACUGGCCUCCACUCUGUCGCCGAUGUAUCCUGCACCAUCUGUCAAAGUGUCGUCGGCUGGAUAUACAUUUAUGCCUUCGAGGAAUCUCAAAAGUACAAGGAAGGCAAAUACAUCGUCGAGAAAGCUAAGAUCUCCAAGGAAAAUCUCUGGCUACAGAAAGAUUAAUGUGGCAAGCACGAUAGCCAUCUACAAAUCUACAAGGAUAGAGGAAUCUCACAUAAAGCAUUUCCAGCAAUCAUAGAAAAACACCAAUCUACACUUUUUUUAAUACAAAAGU